UUCGACAUUGAUCAUGGAUGCCGGUGAUCAUGAUACAUCCAUAGAUCAUGAUUUUUUUCUCCAAGGACUCACAGGGGACUACGGCCCCUUUGAUACUAGUGCUGCAGGUGAUGAUGGACCCGACGGUGAACCUCCGGUUGGUUCACAUCCAGAUCCAGGUGAUGCAGCAGGAGUGCCAUCGUCAGGCUCUACAAGUGCGCACACAUUAGCAAGCAGCGGGUCUAAAAGAUCAAGAGCCGGUACUUCCGAAGUUUGGCAAGACUUUGAAAGGAUCUACAAAGAGGAAGAUGGGGUAAGUGUCAGGUAUGCUAAGUGUUAUAUUUGUAAAAAUAAAUUAUCUGCAAAGCCCUCGGGUGGAACGGGGCACUUGAAGAGGCACGCCAUAAGUUGCAAGCGAAAGAGUGGAGCAGCCAUGAAGCAGACGGUGUUGCAGUACAACCCCGACGGCUCUGUUCAUCAUUGGGAGUACGACUCUGCCAAUGCUCGAAAAGAGCUAUGUCGCUUCAUUGCAAGAGCGGAUCUACCACUCAAUAUCGGUUCUUCAUCAAGAAGUUCAGACUCUUCAUCACGAUCGUCUACGGGCACCGGAAUUCCAACAUCCAGAGGGGAGCUAACUACCUUCAUCGACAGUGACGUUAUCAGCCACGAACAAGAAAAUUUCAACAUACUGCAAUGGUGGCAUGAGCACAAGACGAAUUAUCCAGUCCUUUCACUGUUAGCGCGAGAUUUGUUAACGGUUCCUGUAUCUACAGUUUCUUCUGAGGCUGCCUUCAGUCUUACAGGAAGGAUAAUCGAAGAGAGAAGAACAAAUCUGUCAAGUGAGAUGGUUGAAAUACUCACCAUAGUAAAGGAUUGGGAACAAGCUGAAGCACGAAUGCAACACACUGCAGAAAAUACUGAGCUUGAAGAAUCAUUCCAAAAUUUGUAUCUAGAUGCUGAUGAGAACGUGUAAUUUUAAAUUUUCUGAGCUAUGUUGUACUCUUUUUUCCUUUGCUAGAAAGGUUUUUAAUGAGGCAACCUAUCAAUAAAGCUCAUUUUUAGAAUUAAUCAUGUGCCCCUAUUAUUUCUAAGUUUUUUUAUUCAUGUUUUUUGUUUAUUUUUUUAAAAUACCCCCCGCGGCCCCACCCCCACCUACCUCUCCUC